AUGCUCAACUUCCCUUGGGCUCGACGUAUCCUACCUCGAACUGGCACGCAGAAAGAGAGAACACCGUUUCUCGAACGAAGGAUUGGGGUAUGGCGCGUACUGAUCGCCGCUGACGAAUCAUCAUCAUUCAGGCUCCCCAAUCUUCAUUGGGGUCCUGUAUCGACAUACAUCCCCCUCUUGACUCGCGCAUACAAGGAUCUUUACUCUGUCAGUCCAAAGUUGUUUUGGCUCCUGGUGGUUAAAAAUCUCUGGUAUGCGAUCGAGGAUUCACUGUCCCUCUAUUUCUCAAACCGCCUUUUACUUCUCAUCCAACGCUCUGUUUUGGAAGGUAAGAUUCACACGAGCCUGGACAAAGAUCUAUGUAUAGCCAUCAUCGCUCGAGCGUCAUGCUCCGCGUUCAGCGGAUUUGUGCAGUGGACUUCCAAUGGUGUCAAGGAUCAAUACCGCGUGCUCGUCAGUUACCGAUUUCAAGAGUGGUUGCUGCGAGCAAAUCUUGCUCGUGACAUCGAGGCGUCCCAAGAUAAUGAGGCAGGUCUUACAGUCAACCCCAACCAAAUGUUUUACUCCCUUUUACGAUUACUCGACCUUGGAAAGCAGAUUAUUUCGUCUCUACUCCAAUUGCGAUUAUUGCUGCAUCUCCUAGGCUCCGAAUUUGCGAGUGCUGGACUUGCCUCGAUCGUAAUUUGUUUUUUGCCCAUGAUAUUGGAGAAUAUGUGGGGCAAUAAACCCUGGAGCAAAGCUUACGUGAAACAGGCAGUCAAUGACGACUACCUGCGGCAACAGGCCUUGACCUCACUUACGAAACAUACAUACAAAGCUGAGGUGAUGGGAGGCAAUUUAUCAGGUUAUCUUUUAAAUGGUCAGUACCAGAAGGUGCACGAUGCACUUAGUCACAUACCUAACGGGGAGGUCGAGGAUCUGUGGAAAAGAUCAACGACUGCUCUGCCUAGUAUGUUCUCGAACCUCUGCAAUGACGGACCCAUGCUCUAUAUUGGGCUGUUGGCUCUCAUGAAUCCAAGUCAGGUAUCUGUUGUUCAGCUAGCUAUGCUAGAACAAGCUGCCACACGUCUUCGAUACACGUUUACUUUCGCCAAGCACAUCAUUAACUUUUAUCCGACUGAAUUGGCCAACUUGAAUAAUUUUUACAGACUUCUCGAUCUUAAGAGCAAGAUGAAAGAUGGUUGUAUGCCGUAUUCACCGGCAGCUGGUUCUUUCGGGUCUCUCGUUAGAAGUUCGGUACGAAUCUCGAGUCUUUGCGCGGUUGCUCUUCUUCAUAUUUUCAUCGACAGAAACGUAUCGUUUAACUAUCCGGGCGCCAAGUCUGAAAGAGAUGCAUUGAAGGAUGUUUCUUUUUCGAUAAAAGCAGGUCAAUUGGUGGUCAUCGUCGGCGCAAACGGCUCAGGAAAAUCGACCAUACUCAAGCUCCUGACUCGCUACUACGACACUACCUCAGGCACUGUCUUGAUCGAUGGAAAUCCCAUCCAAGAUUAUCGAAUUGCAGACUUGCGGUCUGUGACAGCUAGUCUAACGCAGGAGCACACCUUAUUCCCUCUCUCUAUGAGCGAGAACAUCGGGAUCGGGUCGCCAUCAUCUGUGACAAAUCUUGACAAGAUUGCUCGAGCAGCGAAGUUAGCUGGUGCUCAGGACGUCAUCGAGAACUUCACCGAAGGAUAUGACACUGUUCUUGAACCUGUCAAGACUGCCCAAAUUAGCCGUACAGGGCGAGGGAACGAGGUCCUAAAAAAGGAGUACGAGAAGAUGGAGAAAAACAACAAACGUGUCUGGUGCGUCUCGUUCGCUAGGAUGGGCGGAGAGAAACAAAGACUAGUCGCCUCCCGCACGUUUAUGCGUAUGCUGUCCGAGGACAUCAAGUUUGUUAUAGUCGACGAGCCAAGCUCUGCUCUUGACCCAGGAGGCGAAUACGAACUAUUCAAGCAGCUGAGGGAGGCGCGCAAAGGAAGAACCAUGAUAUUCGUCACGCACCGUUUUGCACAUCUCACCAAGUUUGCUGAUCUCAUCUUGUGUAUGAAGGGAGGAAGUGUGAUUGAGAUGGGAACGCACCAGGAACUGUUGAACCAUCAGGGAGAGUAUGCUCACUUAUAUAAUGUCCAAGCGCAAGCUUUUACUUGA